UUUUUUUUUCGUUUGAAUCAGUAAUGCAACUCUAAAUAAUUAAUUAUCAGUGUUUGUUCUUGGUUUUUUUGCUUAGAUUCAAGUGAAAUGGCUAAGAAAGCUUCUACUCCGAUCAGAAAUAGAGGCUCUUAUGCUGAGAAUCGUUCAAAAAGAAUUAACGAUCCUAGGCGUUCUGCUGAUUAUGUUGAUUCGAAGAGUAAACAACAACAAAAAGUGAAAAAGGUUUCUCAAAUGGAGAAACAAAAGAAGAGAAAGGCUGUUGACAAUGUUGCUAAUGUUAAGGGGAAAAAAAUUGCUAAAGCCAAACAUAAUGUGGAUGAGGAUGAUGAUGCAGAGGUAUCUAAAUUUUUGGUUACCAAGCACCCUGCUGUGGCACCAUCUAUGUGUAGAUACACUAAUGUUAAUGUAAUGCAAGAUAUUAGAGGCAAACUAACAGACCCACAGAUGGAUAUGUUUAGGGAUUCUUGUUUUGGUAAAUAUCUCAGAAUGCAGCAUUUGGAUGUACAAGCACAGAUUUUUCGGUGCUUUAUGGUCAAAGAACUUAGGGGCAGUACAUAUAGGUGCUUUACAUUUGAAAUAAAUGGUAAAGUUCUGCGUUUCGGCCUUAGAGAAUUUGCACUGAUCAUUGGGCUAGAUUGUGUCUCUGAUGAAAACGAUUUUGUUUAUGAUAACUCAAAACCGAAUAGGCUUAUGGUUGAAUAUUUUGGUAGAAAUGAGGAGAACCAACUGCCAGUUAAAAGACACGAGCUUAUUGAGCGUUUCAACAAGAUAGUUUGGGAUGAUAAAGGGGAUGACGCAGUCAAGAUGGCAAUAUUGUAUUUCAUAAAUACGUGGGUACAUUGUGGUGAGCCAAACUCAACAAAUAUACCAAGGAUCCAUUUUGAUGUUGUAGAGGACGGGAGAUAUAAUGAGUAUCCUUGGGGUAAAGAUUCGUUUAGAGAGUUGGUUGUAAGCAUCGGGCAGAAAUAUCUUUGA